AUGGAUACUUCGCUGGCGUCAUUUCGUGUUCAGGAGCGUCCGUCGAAGCGUUCAUGCAUCGAUCCGUCACCUACCGCACCGCCCGACAAAUUUGACCAGGAUGUGGCCAUGCUUCUUGAAGAUCAAAGUCUUCCGCAACACCUGCGUUCUGUUUUGUCGGUUCUCCUUGAGGAUAAGUUCCUCAAUUCAGUUCUGUGUCGAAAUCGUGAGCUUGUUGAAGAAGUAGCGUCACUUAGGUCUCAAAACGCUGAGUUAAGAGCCAUUAUUUCUGCUGGUUCUAAUGCUGCCCCGUCCCAGUCUCCUGAUGUUUCUGCGCCUGCUGCUAAACCUCUUAGCCCUCCCUCCAUGACUCCUCAAGAAAUGGAACGCAAGCGUUCAAUUGUCGUGAUCGGACUUCCCGAAAGUUCGGGCACAUUGCCCAGCGAUAGGUUAGUGAAUGAUACUAACUUGUUGAAGCGUAUGUUCGAUUUUCUUGAAAUUGAGUGCUCACCUAUGUCAGUUUAUCGUAUGGGUCGUGUUGACCGUUCGUUUCCUAGGCUAUUGAAGGUCAUCUUACCAUCAUCAUUCUUUGUAAGCCAGGUGCUACGCCAUGCACCCAACCUUCGGUACUUCUCUAUUCCAAAAAUAAGGCCCUCCCUUACCAGGAAGCAAAGGAAUAGAGCUCGCACGAAGCGUUUGGCACGACGUAACUCUUCGUUGUCCAAAACUACGCAAGUUCAAUCUCAAAGCCUUUAUAAAAAUGAUCAACUAUAUGAUCCUGAUAUAGUUUUUCUAUCUGAAACAUGGCUCAAUAGAAGUGCAGUGUGGUUACCUAUUCCUGGUAGUAACGGUCCGCAGUACGAAGUUAUCAGGUGUGACCGCAUUUCCAAAAAGGGGGGUGGAGUGGCUAUCAUGACCAAGGUAACCCUCUCUCCUGUCAUUGUUUACCGCGAGAGUUUCCCGAAGUCACAUGAGUUAAUAUGUCUAGACGUUACCUCGCACAAUAUACUCUUACGUCUUAUCACGGUAUACAGAGCUCCUUCAUCAACGAUGGCGUCGACCAAUCACCUUUUCAAGGCGAUGAGUGACCUUAUAUCCUCUGAUCGCCAUUGUGUAAUUGCAGGAGACUUCAACCUCCCUGACAUCAAUUGGGGUAGUCCCUGUGGCAUAAUCAAAGGCUCUAGUGCUUCUGUCUCAUUUCUUGGUCUAUGCAGAAGCCAUCUUCUCAUCCAACAUGUUAAGGUUCCCACCCUAGGGAGCAACACUCUUGACCUUGUUCUAACCAACAGAGAGGAUCUUAUUCACAGCUUGGUUGUUGCCCCGCCUCUUGGUUCUAGUGAUCACAACAGCCUCCUUUUUGAUUUGAACCUUCCGGCGGUCAAGAAGCUGUUUGUUAAGAAGAGAGUUUUCAAAAAUGCUAACUAUAAUGUUAUCAAACAAUACCUAGCUGGAAUAGAUUGGUACGGCUUACUCACUCUCGCUCAUUCACUUGAUGAAAUGUAUGAACUUUUUAUUGCAAUACUGCAUCACUGUAUAUCGAUGUUUGUUCCCCUUGUCCAGGUUCCCUUAUGCCGGUCUCACUUGCCGCUAUAUCUACGACGCCUCUAUCUUGAGAGGACCAAGGCUGUCACCUUGAAUGAUACCCCUGAGUAUCGGUGUAGGUUCCAACGGAUCAACGCCAAGUUUGAGCGUAAACUUUGGAAGUACAAUUACUCAGUGGAGAAGAAGGUUAUUGAGUCUAACGAUAGAAAUGCAUUUUAUAAGCUUGUUAAUUCGAGGCUUAUUCAGAAACCAAGGCUCGGGUGCCUCAAAGAUAGUGAUGGCACCACUUAUACCAGUGACAUGGAUCGAGCGGAAAUUCUU